AUGCUGGCAAACUCUGGAUCUCCCGCUGCUCCGGUCCUUCCUGAGUGUCCGUUCCCUGCUCCUGCUCCCGCUCCGCCCUCGGAGCCCGCCGCCACCAUGAGCUCCUCCCCGCUGGCUUCUCGAGCCAACGUGGACAUCCUGGACGACCUGCAGGUGAUCGCUGCGCAAAACCUGGAGAGGCUCGAGGUCAACAAGUACUACGAGGUGAUCAGGGAGCUGGGCAAAGGCACCUAUGGCAAGGUGGAUCUGGUCAUCCACAAGAUCCGAGGAACGAAAAUGGCGCUGAAGUUCCUGAAGAAGAAGACGACCAAGCUGAAGUCCUUCCUGCGGGAGUACAGCAUCUCCCUCUACCUGUCGCCCUGCCCCUUCAUCAUCAACAUGUUCGGCGUGGCCUUCGAGACGGACGAGUACUACGUCUUUGCACAGGAGUACGCUCUGGCGGGAGACCUCUUUGACAUCAUUCCCCCACAGGUUGGUCUUCCUGAGUCGGUAGCAAAGCGCUGUGUGCACCAGGUAGCCAUCGCUCUGGACUACAUGCACUGCAAGAAGCUGGUGCACCGGGACAUCAAGCCCGAAAACAUUCUCAUUUUUGACAGAGAGUGCCGAAAGGUCAAGCUGUCCGAUUUCGGCAUGACCCGCAGGGCCGGCUCGCCGGUCAAACGAGUGAGCGGGACCAUCCCCUACACGGCGCCGGAGCUGUGCGACGCCUCGCGCCACGAGGGCUUCUGCGUGGACUACAGCACCGACGUGUGGGCCUUCGGCGUGCUGCUCUUCUGCAUGCUGACCGGCAACUUCCCCUGGGAGAAGGCGCUGCCCUCGGACUCCUUCUACCAGGAGUUCAUCCGCUGGCAGCGGAGGCGGACGAACGGCGUGCCGUCGCAGUGGCGGCGCUUCACCGAGCAGGCGCUGCGCAUGUUCCGCCGGCUGCUGUCGGUGGAGCAGGACCGCCGCUGCUCCGUCAAGGAGGUGUUCGGCUACUUCAGCCACUCCUGGAUGCUGGACGCCGAGAAUGACAACAACAAUGGCAACGGCAACGGCAACGGCAACGGCGGCGGGGAGAGGGUCAGCGGCGGUGGGGGAGGGGGAGGGGGCAGCCCGCGGGGGGAAGCAGACGGCCAUAUCUCCGCAUCUUCGUCUGGGGAGGAAGACGAGGAGGUCCUGGUGGAGCGAAUGAAGCAGCAGACUCUUUCGCCCACCUCUCCCAGAGGGGGGGGCGGCGCCAAAGGAGGCGCGGGGGAGGCCGGCGGCGGGCACCACUUCGUGUCCGUGUCCACCAACAGCUCUGUGUCGUCCACCAACAGCUACGAGCGCAUGCCGCGAGAGAACAGCUCCCCGGGGGGGCGCAUGCUGGGGGCCACGCCCAUAGAAAUCUGCGUCUGA